AGCUUAUGAGGAAACCGUAACAGGAUUAGUAAGUGGUAUCGUCCUCGAGGGCUGCAGAGAUAUCAGAUAUGAAGGAGAAACAGUCCUCGAGUGUUACAUGCUUGGGCCAAAUUAGACUUGGUGCGCUUGAUUGUAGCAAUUGGAGCUAGUGACAUUGAAGCAAACGCAUUGGAGCUACAGUGAUUACAUUGCAGCAAGGGUUUAAGACAAACCACUGAAGGAGUGGAGAUUCGAAGGAAAAAAGAUUACUGAAGUAUAAAUCCUGACGAGGAAUAUCGCAAAUACUAUAAAUUUGAAGAAUGACCGCGGAGCCUGGAUUUGUGGGUAUAAAAUUUUGUCCGGAAUGCAAUAAUAUGUUAUAUCCGAAAGAAGACAAAGAAAAUAGGCAAUUACUAUAUGCAUGUCGGAACUGUGAUCACAAACAGCUUUCUGAAAAUCCAUGUAUUUAUGUCAACAAAUUGAUGCAUGAAGUGGAUGAAUUAACUCAAAUUGUGGCUGAUGUUGUACAUGACCCGACACUGCCAAAAACGGAGGAUCAUCCCUGUCCAAUGUGUCAGGGACGAGAAGCUGUGUUUUUUCAAGCCCAAUCUAGGAGAGCCGAAGAAGAAAUGAGAUUGUAUUAUGUUUGCAUGAAUCCAAGUUGCGCACAUCGAUGGACUGAUUGAAAUUGCAGUUAAUUAAAUCAGUGAAGUGAAAUGUUUGAAUUGAUUGGUUCAACUUUGUGAUCUCCAUUGUCAUCAACUUUUGCAGUCAGUUUCUUAUUCAUGGAAGGUUUUUAUUUCCGAUGUUUUCAUAGUUCUACUGAUUACUAUAGUAAUUGAAACCUUCACAUAACUUCUUCAUUAUUCUUCAUGAUUGUCGGUGAUGAUUAUAGUCACGUUAUAUAUCAUCAAUUUUCAUAUUCGUAUGAGCUACUUUAUGUUUCACAUCAUCAACUUGUAAAAUGUAGAAUUUUAGGUGAGGCAGUUAUCAUUUUUAUCGAGGAGGUUUAAUGAUAUUGUGAUUAGAUGUGGUACUUUUCUGUAUUUUUC